CCUUUCAAACACUUGUCUUUUAUGCAAUUAUGUGUUCAUUAGAAGCUGAUUUUCUCUGUUGCUGCUCAGAUUUUCUCGCUACGUCUAACUCAUCGUGCACCAUAUCUUCUAUCUAUCUAGUGCAAUUAGAUGUUAGACUGAUGUAAAGGUCUAAGACAAAGAAACAUUACAUUAAUUGUCUUUGUGAUUUUUGUCUGGAGAAAUAAUUUCAUGAGUUAGAAGUUGGUGGUAAGACUAAUUGUCCCUUCUAAACCUUAAUACGACAUCUGUUAAAUUUCACGAUCCGCUUACGUUGGUUAUCAGAUGACAUUGGCAUAACAUAAUUAUUUUCUUCAAAUCCAUCAACAAUAUCAUCUUUUAAAGACUAAAGAAGUUUUUAUUCUGAACACAUAAAACCCUAUUAACACCAAAUCUUGAAUUACAGUGGAAAAGUUUCUCUCAACUGAAAUUAAGAGCAGCAACAUUUCUACAGUAAUUGUCUGGAAUAUAAAAUAAUCAUACAUUCAUAUUAAACUUCAACAACUUGCAGUGAAGUCAGAUAUAACUGACCUUACUGCAAGAAUUUCCACAUGAACAGUCUUGAUAAAUGGAUCUAUUUUGAUGUUAUUUUACUUGCUUGUUUCCCAUGACAAGGCAGGGUUCUAGCAUAAGCAGUAUUGGAAUAAUUAUGUCUCAAAUGGUUGAAUACUAAUAAAUUAUCUUGUGACUGUUUGCAAGAUCUUCAGAUAUUGUCAUAAAACCACAGGUAGUAGAAAUAUACCAGGAAAAAUAAACGUUAGGAAUGUUAUAGAGAAACAAAGUCAAGAAAAAUAUUUGUAUAUUGUGCUGAAGGAAAAUUAUGGAAAAUAAGCUAUGUGAAAACCAGAUUAAAUAUAAAAUGCAGUCUCAAAGGAUUGAUGUUCCUGAUGAGAUGUAUAAAGAGAUUGGAAAAACAUCAUACCGCUGUGAUAUUUGUAAAAAGGUAUUCUCUCAAAAAAGGGACUUAACAAGACACAUACGUGUUCAUACAGGAGUUAAACCAUACCAUUGUGAUGUCUGUGGUGAAUCGUUCUCUCACAAUAGUAACUUGACUACUCACAAACGGAUUCAUACAGGAGAAAGGCCUUAUCAGUGUGAUAUCUGUGGUAAAUCGUUUUCUAUAACAAGUAAUUUAACUAAACACAAGCGUAUUCAUACAGGAGAGAAACCAUAUCACUGUGAUAUCUGUGAUAAAUCAUUCUCUAUAACUAGUAGCUUAACUGCUCACAAGCAAACUCAUACAGGAAAGAAACCAUCUCAGUGUCAUAUAUAUGGCAAAUCAUUCUCCUUGACAAAUCACAAGUAUAUUCAUACAGAAAAUAAGCCAUAUCCCUGUGAUACGUGUGGAAAAUCAUUCUCUCGAAGUGGUGAAUUAACUAAGCACAAACGUAUCCAUACAGGAGAGAAGCCAUAUCACUGUGAUAUCUGUAGUAAAUCAUUCUCUAUAACAAGUAACUUGACUAAGCAUAGACGCAUUCAUACAGGAGAUAAGCCAUAUCACUGUGAUAUCUGUGGUGAAUCAUUUUCUCACAGUAGUAACUUAACCAGACAUAAACGUAGUCAUACAGGAUAUAAGCCAUAUCAUUGUGAUAUCUGUGGUAAGACUUGCUCUCAGAGUAGUGACUUGACUAUUCACAAACGUAUUCAUACAGGUGAGACACCAUAUCGCUGUGACAUCUGUGGUAAAUCCUUUUCUCAAACAAUUAACUUAUCGAGACACAAACACAUUCAUACAAGAGAGAAUUCAUAUCAGUGUCGUAUCUCUGGUAAAUCAGUUUCUGAAGCAAACCACUCAAGUAGAUGUAAUGAUCCAGGCGUUAAGCCACCUCACUUGGAGGAAUCAAUCUCUCAAAGUGCUAACCUAACUACUCAGAAACUUAUUGAUACAGGAGGGAGACCAUAUUGCUGUGAUAUCUGUGGUAAAUCAUUCUCCAAAAGUAGUGACUUGACUACUCACAAAUAUGUACAUGCAGAAGGAAAACCAUCUUCUGAUAUCUAUAGUAAAUCAUUCUCACAAAGUACUGAAUUAACUGCUCACAAAGAUAUUGAUAAAAGAGAGAAACCUUACCCUUGUGAUGUUUGUGGUAAAUCAUUCUCUGAAAGUAGUGAAUUAACUAUUCACAGACGUAUUCAUACGAGUGAGAAGCCAUAUCACUGUGAUAUUUGUGGUGAUUCAUUCUCUCAAAAUAGUCACUUAUCCACUCAUAAACAUAUUCACACAGGAGAAAAAUCUUAUCACUGUGAUAUCUGUGGUAAAUCAUUCCCUCAGAUUAGUGAAUUAACUACACACAAAGGUAUUCAUUCAGAAGAGAAACCAUAUCACUGUGAUACCUGUGGUAAAUCAUUCUCUCGAAGUAUUGAAUUAACUGGUCACAAACAUAUUCAUACUGGAGAGAAGCCACUUCACUGUGAUAUCUGUGGCAAGUCGUUCUCUAUAACAAGAAACUUAAAUAAACACAAACAUAUUCAUACAGGAGAGAAACCAUAUCACUGUGAUAUCUGUGAUAAAUCAUUCUCUACAAAAGGACUUUUAACUAGACAUAAACGCAUUCACACGGGAGAUAAGCGAUUUCAAUGUACAAUCUGUGGCAAAUCGUUCUGUCAGAGUAGUGAGUUGAUUACACACAAACGCAUUCAUACAGGAGAGAAACCAUAUCACUGUAAUAUUUGUGGUAAAUCAUUCUCUAUAACUAGUAGCUUAACUAUUCACAUACGUAUUCAUACAGGUGAGAAACCAUAUCAUUGUGAUAUCUGUGGUAAAUCAUUUUCUCGAAGUGGUGAAUUAACUGGUCACAAACGUAUUCAUACAGGAGAGAAGCCAUAUUACUGUGAUAUGUGUGGUAAAUCAUUCUCUCAAAGGAGUGAGUUAACCACUCACAAACGUAUUCAUACAGGUGAAAAACCAUAUCAUUGUGAUAUCUGUGGUAAAUCAUUUCAUACAAGUAGUAACUUACGUACCCACAUACGUGUUCAUACAGGAGAAAAACCAUAUCACUGUGAAAUUUGUGGUGAAUCGUUUUCUCAAAAUGGUAGUUUAUCUACUCAUAAGCGUAUUCAUAUAGGUGAGAAACUAUAUCUCUGUGAUAUUUGUGGCAAAUCAUUCUCUCAAAAUGGUCACUUAACUACUCACAAACGAAUUCAUUCAGGAGAAAGUCCACAUUAAUUUUAUAUCUAUAGUAAAUAGUUCUCUCUAAAAUAUUUAAUUACACAAAGUCACGCAGAAGAAAAGUUUUGUCACUCGUGCAAAUGCUAAAUCAUUUUCACAAAAUACCACAAGUAUAUUUUUGAGGCAGAAGAGUAAUCCUUUUGAGAUAUAUUUAAACAAGCAGAAAUACUUCAACCACAGAUGUAUUCACUCAAGAGAAGAUAUAAUGGUGUGACAGUUAAACAAUGAACACAAUCUUGUAAAAUCUGUAUUAUCUUUUUAAUAAAGGCAUCUUUUCAGAAGA